GGCCUCGGGGUGUCACGGCGCUCCUUUCUGUUUGCUUCUAGAAAGAGCGUAAAAGAGCAAGCCAGGCUCCGCUUGAGGGAGUUCGAUGUGGGAGACAAAUUCUCCCACCUGCCGCUGCCCAAAGCCUCUGUCCUCCUGCCGCUGAUGGUGAGGGAGGGCAGGCUGCCCUUGCUGCUCACUGUCAGGUCGAUGCAGCUGAGAAGAUCACCAGGGGAAGUGUGUUUUCCAGGAGGUAAACGUGAAGCAAUUGAUAAAGAUGAAAUUGCUACUGCUCUCCGAGAAGCUAAAGAAGAAGUGGGACUCCAGCCAGAGAAGGUGGAAGUCAUCUGUAGGCUUGUGCCUGGAAUUGAUAAAAUGAAUCACUUGGUAACACCAGUUGUAGGAUUUAUAGAGGAUACAUUCCAGGCCAUUCCUAAUCCAGAUGAAGUGAGCGAUGUUUUUGUCGUGCCAUUGGAGUACUUUGUCAAGCCCCUAAAUUACAAGACCUUGCCUUAUAAAACCUCAUCUGGUUACUUAAGUUGGGUGCACUGCUUUACAUAUGAUGACCAUGAACAUAAAAUGUCAUUCAAGAUAUGGGGACUUACUGCACACUUUGCUGUAUUUCUUGCUCUUGUAAUUUUUGGAAAGAGACCUACCUUUGAAGUUGAUUAUGAUCUUAACAACUUAAUUUCAUCCUCUGAGAAUAACUUCAUGAAUUUAUAUGCAUCAUUAUAUAAAAGAAAAAAGAGUAAUCUAUGACAAACUGGUCUGGUAAUUAACUUAUAUUGAUGGAGGAAAAAGAUUUUUGUUUAUUCCUUUUGUACCUAUUAUUUGAUUGAAUUUCACACUAGAAUUUCUUCUGAAUUGGGAA